AUGGUGCCCAUUUCGCCCGCAACGACGGCGGGAGCCGUCGUGGUACUGUUUAGCCAGCUGGCUGCAGCAGCACACAAUGUCAUCGACCUCUCUCAGCAGAAGUGGACACUCACGAGUCCAAAUCAUGAAAACAUAUCCGUUGCCGGAAAAGUGCCUUCGCACGCCCACGUUGACCUCUAUGCGGCAAACAUUAUCAGCGAUCCCCUGAUCGAGCUCAACGAUUUCGACCUCCGCUGGAUCGGCAAUAGUAACUGGACGUACACCAGCGAAAUCGAAGGGCUACAAACAUCUGGCAAUCUGGCCAGCUAUCUCGUCUUCAACGGCCUCGACACCUAUGCAGCUGUCGAAUUCUGCGGGGAGCACGUUGGAAACGCAGAUAACCAGUUCCGGCAGUGGGUCUUCGACAUCUCCGACGUCCUCGCAUCCUGCACGGCUCCUCAACCCCAGCUUGCCGUCAAAUUCGGCGCCACUCCCAAUAUAUCGGCGGCCAUAGCUGCCGAGCCCGGCCAAGAGACAUGGCCUGCUGGGAUCAACGAAGUAUAUGAAAUCCCCAACAGGUGGUUUGUGCGCAAGGAACAGUCCGACUUUGGAUGGGACUGGGGUCCAGCAUUCGUCCCGGUAGGCAUUUGGCAGCCUGCUUAUCUCGUCCAGCUCGACGGGGCAGGGUCCGUGUAUGUGAAAAACUCGGCCUUUGACCUCUACCGCAAAGGCCAAUUAAACAACCUACCGCCAGACCAGACUGCCGACUGGAUAUUCAACGCCAGCGUGGACGUGGUCGGGACUGUUCCCGGUGGCGCACAGAUGAGAUACACGAUUGUGGAUUUGGAUUCGCUUGAGGAGGUGAGCAGCGGGAGCCUCAGCGAUGUUGAGAACGGCGGCGACGUCAUCACGGGGAUUACAACUCUCGAUCCUUCGCAAUACGAACUGUGGUGGCCCAAUGGCCUUGGUGCACAGAAGCUGUAUAAUGUGACUGUCGACGUCAUUUACAAUGACGAAACAAUUGCAUCUGUCAACAAGCGGAUGGGCUUUAGAACGAUUGUUCUUAACAUGGAACCCAUCAGCGAGCUGGAGCUGUCUCAGGGCAUCAUCAACGGCAGUAACUUUCACUUUGAGGUCAACGGCCAUGUAUUCUACGCCAAAGGGAGCAACUUUGUGCCCCCAGACCCUUUCUGGCCCCGUGUCACCUUCGAGCAUAUCCAGGAGAUCCUCGCUGAUGUGGUGGACGCCAACCAAAACAUGCUGCGUGUAUGGUCUAGUGGGGCCUACUCACCAGACUUCAUGUACGACCUGGCUGAUGAGUUGGGCGUCCUGCUGUGGUGCGAGUUUCAGUUCAGCGUCUCCCUGUACCCUGUGGCCCCGGCCUUCCUCGAGAAUGUCCGCCAGGAGGCUGUCUAUCAAGUGCGAAGGGUCAAUCAUCAUCCGUCUCUAGCACUCUGGGCUGGAGGCAACGAGAUGGAGAAGGAUGAGCUGCCAGCCGUCAAGUCGCAAGCUCCGUCCCAGUAUGAGCGCUACUUGAGCGAGUACCUGCUGCUGUUCCUCGACACAUUGCUACCUACCGUCUAUGGCAAUUCACACAGCAUCAGCUAUAUGCCCUGUAGCACUAACAAUGGCUACUUGGAGCUAAACUUCAGUCUGCCCAUUCCUUUUGUUGACCGGCUUUACAAUACCACGCCUGGAUACCUUUAUGGAGACAGUGACUUUUACGACUACGAUCCCUCGCAUGCCUUUGACAUUAACAAGUAUGUCGUCGGCCGAUUCGCCAACGAGUUCGGCUUCCCUUCUAUGCCCAGCCUCGAGACGUGGCGUGAGGCCAUCCCCGAAGACCAGCUCUUCUUCAACUCAACCAUGACGGUCUUGCGCAACCAUCACUACCCGCCCGGCAGCCUCACCACCAAUAACACGGCUGAUCCUCUGAGGGGAAUGGGAGAGAUGACACGGGGCGUCCAACAGUGGUACCCAACACCAGCAAAGACCGACUCUGUUGCCAACUUCGCUGCCUGGUGCCACUCCACCCAGAUCUUCCAGGCCGACUUUUAUCACACCAAGAUCCAGUACUACCGCGCCGGUUCGGGACUGCCCCAGAGACAACUAGGCUCGCUGUAUUGGCAGCUCAACGACAUCUGGCAGGCGCCGACGUGGUCAACCAGGGAGUAUGACGGCCGCUGGAAAGUGACUUUUUACGCCACCAAGGACAUCUUCCAGCCGGUUAUUAUUGCUCCUGUAUUCAAUGUCACCACAGGCAUCCUGGAGAUAUUUGCCGUAUCGGACCUGUGGAGCGAUGUAUCAGGCGAGGCAAGGUGGGAAUGGCUCGGCUACGAUGGCCAGCCAGUUGGCGACUCUGAUGCAUCCGUCCAGUCACAGAAGUUCACCGUCAGCCCGGUCAACUCCACAGUGCUGGCGAGGAUGAAUAUCACCCAACUUACGACAAGCGGCGGUUUGCCGGCAUCUAAUGCGGUUUUGAUAGCCAACAUUACCGCAACUGGCACGUCGCCAAACACGCAGGGCACGAAAACCUACACGCACUCCAACUACUUCACGGCCACGCCUCUAAGUAAAGCCAAUCUAAUCGACCCCGGCCUGACGAUUCGCCAUGAUGGUGAUGCUUUUACCGUCACGGCCGAGAAGGGCGUGAGCGCAUUCACGUGGAUCGCGCUGGACCCGAAGGACGCCGGCGCCAUUGUCACAUUUGAUGAUAACGGCUUUUGGCUGAGACAAGGGCAAAGCAAGACAAUUGGAUAUCGUGUCCAUGGAGAAAGCUCUGGCUGGGAGAGCCGUGUCACUGUGAGCAGUAUCUGGAACAAUACUCUUCCUUCAUGA